GAGACUGUGUCACCUGACUAAAAUUCUGGCGAGGCAAUGGCGGCGCCCAUGCUUCGCUGGGGUUGUGUUGGGAGAUGUUGGGCUUUAGCUUGUGUUGACCGAGGUUCUCGCCACCGAAGAUGGGCUCCGAAUGGCUUCACGCUCAGCGGCAGGAGAGGACAGAACUCAAUGGCUCCGCAGCCAGUAAUCACAGCCCAGAAGCCGAGGAAAGGUGAACAUGAAUGGGCAGCUGUGGUAGGUUUGGAAAUUCAUGUACAGAUUUCUUCCAACUCUAAACUCUUCUCUGGGUCUCACGUCCACUUUGCAGCACCUCCAAAUUCUUUGGUUUCUUUUUUUGAUGCAUCUCUGCCUGGAACUUUGCCGGUUCUCAACAGGAGAUGUGUAGAAGCAGCCGUGAUGACAGGCCUGGCGCUGAACUGCCGCAUAAACAAGAAGUCUUUGUUUGACAGGAAGCAUUACUUCUAUGCCGACCUCCCUGCAGGCUACCAGAUUACCCAGCAACGGCUUCCAAUUGCUGUGAAUGGGAGCUUGACAUACGGCGUCUGUGUGGGGAAUAAGCGGAGUCAGGUAAUCACCAAGACUGUGAGGAUCAAGCAGAUCCAGCUGGAGCAAGACAGUGGCAAGAGCCUCCAUGAUGACCUGAGAUCUCAGACUCUCAUUGACCUGAACAGGGCGGGAGUUGGACUUCUGGAGGUGGUCAUGGAGCCUGACAUGACCUGUGGAAAAGAGGCAGCAACAGCUGUCAGGGAGCUGCAGCUGGUCCUUCAAGCCCUGGGGACGAGCCAGGCAAAUAUGGCAGAGGGCCAGUUGAGAGUGGACGCCAAUAUAUCUGUGCAUCACCCUGGGGAGCCUUUCGGCAUUCGAACUGAAGUGAAGAAUCUCAACAGCACCAGGUUCUUGGCCAAAGCAAUAGACUAUGAAAUCCAGAGGCAGAUCAAUGAACUUGAGAAUGGAGGUGAAAUUCUCAAUGAAACCCGCUCGUUUGAUUCCAGGCUGGGGUGCACCGUGCCAAUGAGGGACAAAGAAGGAAAACAAGAUUACAGGUUUAUGCCUGAACCCAACCUGCCUCCCCUGGUGCUCUAUGAUGCCACCUCCCUGCCCGCCGGGGCUGACUCGCAGCAAGUGAUUGAUAUCGACUACAUUCGGGAGAGGCUCCCUGAACUCCCUAGCAUGACCCGAGAAAAGCUCGUUCAACAGUAUGGGAUGCUGCCGGAACACAGCUUCACGUUAUUGAAUGAAGUUGGCCUACUGGAGUUCUUCCAGAAUGUGAUAAAAGAAACUAGGGCAGAGCCAAAAUUGGUGACUAGUUGGGUCCUCAACACUUUUCUGGGUUAUUUAAAGCAACAGAGCUUGACUGUCAGUGAGAGUCCUGUCACACCCUCGGCGCUGGCUGAGCUGCUUACCCUGCUGGAUGGCAAAGUGAUUUCUUCAUUAGCAGCUAAACAGGUGUUUGAGGAACUGUGGAAGAGUAAGGGGAAGACAGCAGCACAGAUUGUUUCCGAAAAGAAGCUGGAGCUGAUGCAGGCUCGGGAGGUGCUGGCGCAGCUCUGCCAGACCGUCAUGGAGGGACAUCCUCAAGUGGUAAUGGAUGUGAAGACAGGAAACCCCAAAGCUAUAAAUAAACUGAUUGGGCUGGUCCGAAAAGCAACGCUAAGCCGAGCAGAUCCGACAGCGAUAAAGAAAAUACUGGAGGAGAAGCUGUCAUCAUGAGCUGUUCUAGGUCUCUGUGCCAAGUGAGAAGGAAUGGUGCAGCCACCAUUGGGAACAGGAGUCUGUGA